AGUGAUUUUUAAUACCUUGAAGAUGGUACGAGAGCAGUACACUACAGCUACAGAAGGUACUCACAUAGAAAGGCCAGAGAACCAGUAUGUAUACAAAAUUGGCAUUUAUGGCUGGAGAAAACGUUGCCUCUACCUGUUUGUUCUUCUCUUACUCAUCAUUCUCCUCGUGAAUUUUGCUCUAACAAUUUGGAUACUUAGAGUGAUGUGGUUUUCACCAACUGGAAUGGGGCACUUACGUGUUACACAAGAUGGACUUCGCCUGGAAGGUGAAUCAGAAUUUUUAUUCCCACUAUAUGCCAAAGAAAUACACUCAAGAAUGGACUCAUCACUGCUUUUGCAAUCAACUCAGAAUGUGACUGUCAAUGCACGAAACACUGAUGGAGAUGUAACAGGCAGAUUAAAAGUGGGUCCCAAAAUAGUAGAGGUCCAGAGUCAACAAUUUCAGAUUAACUCCAAGGAUGGCAAGCCCUUAUUUACUGUUGAUGAAAAGAAAGCUGUAGUUGGUACAGAUAAACUACGAAUAACUGGGCCUGAGGGGGCUCUUUUUGAACAUUCGGUGGAAACACCUCUGGUAAGAGCAGAUUCAUUUCAGGACCUGAGGUUAGAAUCCCCCACCCGAAGUCUAAGCAUGGAUGCCCCAAAGGGUGUUCAUAUAAAAGCCCAUGCUGGAAAAAUCGAGGCCCUUUCUCAAUCAGACAUUAUUUUUCAUAGUAGAGAUGGAACGCUUGUACUUGAUGCUGAAACUGUGUGUUUACCCAAGUUGAUUCCGGAGACAAGUGGACCUGGUAGCAGUUCGCAAAGACUCUACGAGAUCUGUGUGUGUCUAGAUGGGAAGCUUUACCUCUCUGUGGCGGGCACGAGUACCACAUGUCAUGAAAAUAGUCAAAUCUGUCUCUAAGUCAUCUGUGUCUUCCAGAAGUACCCGUUUCGCUUUUGUGCAACUUUCACACUAUUCACACGGGCUUUCACACUUAUGACAGUGACUUAGCAUCCUAAAAUGCUCAAACAGUAGCUGGGAACAGAAAGACAUACUUUCAAAGCAACUCAGAAAGGAAAACAUAAGAAU